AUUAUGAUUUUAAUUAGUUUAAUUUGUUCGGUAAAGAAGACAAUAUGAUGGGAAAAAAAUCAUGAUUUUUUUAGGCCUCAUUUCUGUAUUUUUUGGAGUUGCUUGUCAGCAGGCUCGUUACCAUGGCGAAUUCCAUCUAAAGUUUUUUGGGAAGCUUUUGAAUAAAAACUAUCAAACAAUCUUCUCAGCAGAGGGGUCUACUUUUGGAAGAACGAUUAAUAAGUGUUCCCAGUUUUGUGUCAAUGACCAACGAUGUAUAGGGGUAGAAAUUUGUCAAAUCAGACAGGAUUUGUUUCAAUGUCGAGUUUGCUGUGAGUGGAAGAAAAUGGGAACAAACAACAUUGAUGAACAUCCUGGAUGUAAAUACUUAGAAAUGGAAAUAGAAAACCGAAGCAACUUGGCCGCGAAUGCAACAUUGAGCACAGUUUUUGACAGCAAUCACUUAGCAUCAAAUGCAGUAGACGGUAUUACAACUUGUGAAAUAGUAUCAGGACCGGCACGAAUAGCGCACAGCAAGACAGAGAUAAACCCCUGGUUAAAAAUAGGUUUGAGGAAUUCCGUCAGUGUUAAGAGAGUGUUGAUUCACAACAGGCAAGAUUGCUGUGGUGAACGACUACAGAAUGUCACGAUAAAUGUCACUCAAAAUGGGGAAAAUUACCCGUGUGGAUUUUAUCCUGGACCUGCUCAAAGUGGAGACCGCAUAUUAUUUCUAUGUGAAUCGGGCUCCACGGGAAAUGGCGUCACGAUUUCUAUUUUGUCAAAUGGGCAUCCCGGAAUUCUAGCUGUGUGUGAAGUUGAAGUGUAUAAUUAACCUUUAAACAUGAAUCACAAAAAACUGAUGCCUUGUUGAUAAGGUAAUAUUAUAGUGUGAAAAAAAGUUUUUUUGUAAACAUUACUUUACCCUUAAAUUAGGCAUUGUUAUAUUCUUUUUAAAUAUUUUAAGUGAAAUACAAUUUGAUGUUAAAACGUGACUCGUGUCUGCAAUUGAUCCUUGUGUGA